AUGUCCCAGUACGCGAGCUCUUCCACGUGGACGUCUUUCCUCAAAUCAAUUGCCUCCUUCAAUGGUGACCUCUCUACCUUGACCGCGCCUCCUUUCAUUCUUUCGCCAACGUCACUAUCCGAGUACUCUCAGUACUGGGCGGAACAUCCAGAUUUGUUCUUGGCACCUGCGUUCGUUAGCGCUCCAGAUGCUGACGGUACUUCCGCCGAGCAACUGCGUAUGCUAGCUGUCACCAAGUGGUUCAUAUCCACUUUGAAAUCUCAGUAUUGCUCCCGUAACGAAUCCAUGGGUUCCGAAAAGAAGCCUCUAAACCCUUUCUUGGGUGAGCUCUUCGUGGGUAAAUGGGAAAACAAAGAGCACCCAGAUUUCGGCGAAACUGUUCUGCUCAGCGAGCAAGUUUCCCAUCACCCUCCUGUUACUGCCUACACCAUUUUUAAUGACAAGAACCAGGUUAAACUGCAGGGUUACAACCAAGUUAAGGCAUCCAUUUCUACUGCCUCUCUCAGCGUGAAGCAGUUUGGUCACGCCUUGUUGGAGUUUGGUAAGCUAAACGAGGACUAUUUGAUCACACUGCCUCCUCUACACAUCGAAGGUAUGCUGGUAGCCUCUCCAUUUGUCGAAUUAGAGGGAAAGGCCUACAUUCAGUCUUCCACUGGUCUUUUCUGCGUAGUUGAAUUCUCAGGCCGCGGUUAUUUCUCUGGUAAAAAGAACUCGUUCAAGGCCAGAAUCUUCAAGAAAGCCGCUGACUCGCGUGAUAAGGAAAAGGCCCUCUAUACGAUAUCUGGCCAAUGGUCAGGUGUCUCUCAUAUAAGCAAGGGCAAAUCUAAAAGGGGAGAGGAAGUAUUCUACGAUGCUUCUCAAAUACGUGCCGAACAUCUUUUAGUCAAGCCCAUCGAGAAGCAGCACCCACUUGAAAGUAGAAGAGCAUGGGAGAAGGUUGCCGCCGCUAUCAAGUCAGGGGAUUUCGACCUCAUCCACAACGAGAAAUCUGCUCUAGAGGAAGCUCAAAGAGACCUCAGAAAGGCUGAAGAAGCCAAAGGCAUAAACUGGCAAAGAAGAUGGUUCCGUGACGAGGAUUAUACGAAGGGUCUUGAGGACAAGUUUACUAAACUGGCCUCCAUGUUUAACCUGUCUACCAAGAAUACCCCUAGCGGUACUCUAGCUGGCGAAAAGGAAGAUAAAAAGGAAACUUCUGCCAUGCAUUGGAGAUUUGUGAGAGAACAGUGGGAUGAAGAGCAGGAAAUAGUCCUAUAA